AUGGCUGAGGCUGUGCUUGAACUUGUGCUUCACAAUUUGAACUCACUCAUUCAAAAAGAGCUUGGCUUAUUUCUGGGUUUUGAUCAACACUUUAAUAGUCUUUCCAGCUUGCUGACAACAAUCAAGGCUACUCUUGAAGAUGCUGAGGAGAAACAAUUCACUGACAGAGCUAUCAAGGAUUGGCUGCUUAAGCUCAAAGAUGCUGCUUACGUCCUCGACGACAUCUUGGACGACUGUGCCACUCAACUGCUGGAGAUGGAGUCUAAAGGACUCUCACACAAAGUACAAACCUCUUUCUUAUCCUCUUUUCAUCCAAAGAAUGUCGCUUUCCGUUACCAAAUGGCUAAGAAAAUGAAGAACAUGCGAGAGAGAUUAGAUGAAAUCGCUGAAGAAAGGAACAAGUUUCAUUUGACUCAGAUAGUGAGAGAGGAGAGAAGUGGAGUCCUUGACUGGCGCCAAACGACUUCAAUCAUUACUCAACCUCAAGUCUAUGGAAGAGAAGAAGAUAAGGAUAGAAUCAUAAACUUUUUGGUUUAUGAUGCUUCUAGUUUUGAGGAUUUAUCUGUUUACCCAAUAGUUGGUCUUGGUGGACUUGGAAAAACAACACUUGCCCAACUCGUCUUCAAUCAUGAAAGGGUAGUCAACCACUUUGAGUUGAGAAUCUGGGUGUGUGUUUCUGAAGAUUUUAGUUUGAAGAGAAUGAUAAAAGCAAUCAUAGAAUCAACAACUGGUGAUGCUUGUGCAGAACUGGAUCUAGAGCCAUUACAAAGAAAACUUCUAGAUUUGCUGAAAGGAAAAAAGUAUUUGCUUGUGCUGGAUGAUGUAUGGGAUGAUGGACAAGAGAAUUGGCAGAGGUUGAAAUCAGUAUUGGCAUGUGGGGGAAAAGGCGCGUCAAUAUUGGUUACCACUCGUCUUCUAAAUGUUGCAGAAAUCAUGAAAACUGUGCCCCCUCAUGAUUUAUCAAUCCUAUCAGACACUGAUUGUUGGGAAUUGAUGAAACAAAGAGCCUUUGGACCAAACGAGGAAGAGAGGGGAGAACUUGUGGUCAUAGGAAAGGAGAUAGUAAAGAAGUGUGGGGGAGUACCUCUUGCAGCAAUGGCAUUAGGAGGUCUCUUGCGUUUAAAAAGAAAGAAAAUAGAGUGGUUCAAUGUUAAGGAAAGCAAGCUUUGGAAUUUACAAGGUGAGAACUCUGUUAUGCCUGCCUUAAGAUUAAGCUACUUGAAUUUGCCAGUAAAAUUGAGACCGUGUUUUGCCUUGUGUGCACUUUUUCCCAAAGAUCAAAUAAUAAACAAGAAGUUUUUGAUUGAGCUUUGGGUGGCUAAUGGUUUUAUUUCAUCUAAUGGAAUGCUGGAAGCAGAAGAUAUUGGCAAUGAGGUGUGGAAUGAGUUAUAUUGGAGAUCAUUUUUUCAAGAUAUAAAGAAAGAUGAUAUUGGGGAAAUUGAAAAUUUUAAAAUGCACGACCUUGUUCAUGAUCUUGCUCAAUCUAUUGCAGAUGAGGUUAGUUGUUGCAGUACAGAAGCAAUCCUAUCUAAAAGAAUCCUCCACCUCUCAACUUAUGAUGAGAAAUCCUCUAUGGUAGUCGGUUCAACACAGUUGCAUGAAAUGAAAUCAUUAAGGACCUUUUUAAUGCGUCAAUACUAUUGUUCCCCACCUCAAGUACUAAAAUGCUAUUCUUUAAGAGUGCUUGACUUUGAAAGAAUCGAAGAGUUGCCAUCUUUGAUUUUUCGUUUGAAACAUUUAAGAUACUUGAAUCUUUCUUGUGGAAUAUUCAAAACUCUUCCAGAAUCUUUAUGCAAGUUACAAAAUUUGCAGAUUUUAAAGUUAGAUUAUUGUUCAAGACUCCAAAGGUUGCCCGAUAGGUUGGUACAGUUGAAAGCUCUACAACAUCUAUCUUUAAAGAAUUGUCACUCAUUAUCAAGUUUGCCACCACAUAUAAGAAAAUUGGUUUCUCUAAAAACUUUAACCAUGUAUGUUGUUGGCAAGGAAAAAGGGUUUCUUUUGGAGGAACUAGGGGAAAUGAAUCUUAUCGGAGACCUUUCCAUUAGUCACUUGGAGAGGGUUGAAAGUGUGAUUGAUGCCAAAGAAGCUAAUAUGUUGAGAAAGCACGUGAACGAUUUGGAAUUGUCAUGGGAGAGAAAUGAAGAGUCCCAAUUACAGGAAAGUGUUGAGGAGAUUCUUGAAGUGCUUGAACCUCAAACCCAACAACUUCAAAGGAUGUUAGUGAGAGGAUAUAGAGGUGCCUAUUUCCCACAAUGGAUGUCUAGUUCAUCUCUAAAUAUUUUAACUACUCUAGAGCUUUUGAAUUGUGAAAGUUGUUUACAUCUUCCAGACUUGGGGAAACUUCCUUCUCUAAAGAAUCUAAAAGUAUCUAAAAUGAGUAAUGUAAAAUACCUAUAUGAGGAGGAUUCAUGCAAUGGUGGAGGUGCAGGAGGUUUCAGAAAACUAGAAAAAUUGGAACUAGAGCAGUUGUCGAACCUGGUAAAGUUAUCAAGGGAGGAUAGAGAUAACAACUUUUCUUGCCUUUCAAAACUUCAAAUUACGGAAUGUCCUAUACUGUUGGAAUUGCCUUGCCUUCCAUCUCUCAGUGACUUGCUUGUACGAGGGGAAUGCAGCCAACAUUUGCUAAAUUCAAUUCAUAAAUAUCAUACUCUUGAAAAACUUCGUUUCAGUGAUAAUGAAGAGUUAAGUUUCUUUCCAGAUGGUAUGCUAAGAGACCUUACUUCUCUAAAGAUUUUUGAUAUUGAUGGCCUUUCUAAACUUGAGGAGAUAUUUAUUAACAACCUCAAGUCAUUGCAUGAUAUAUUAUCACAUGGAUUACAGUCUCUUAAGAAAUUGCAUAUUAGAAACUGCCAAAAGUUCAACCUAUCAGAAAGUUUUCAAUACCUCACUUAUUUGGAAGAAUUGACAAUUGAAGGUUGCCCAGAAAUAGUAGGUUUGCACGAGGCAUUACAACAUAUGACUGCUCUUCAAUCUUUGUCAUUGCGCGAUCUUACAAAUCUGGCAUCCCUACCUGACUGGUUAGGAAACCUAGCCUUGCUUCACAAACUGGAGAUUGAUAAUUGUCAAAAGUUCAACCUAUCAGAAAGUUUUCAAUACCUCACUUGUCUUGAGAAAUUGAUAAUCACGAGUUGCCCAGAAAUAGAAGGUUUGCAUGAGGCAUUACAACAUAUGACUGCUCUUCAAUCUUUGACAUUGUGCGCUCUUCCAAUUGCAUCCUUACCUGACUGGUUAGGGAACCUAGCCUUGCUUCACACAUUGGAGAUUUCUCUUUGUCCAAAGCUGACAUGUCUUCCCAUGAGCAUUCAAGGCCUUACUAAUCUGAAAAGAUUGUACAUUCAGCAUUGCAGUGAGUUACGGAAACGAUGUAAAGAGAACACCGGUGAGGAUUGGCACAAAAUAGCUCACAUUCCAGACAUUGAAGUUACAUACUGGCAUCCCUACCGGACCUGGUCUUCCCAGGAGCAUUCAACGCCUUACUAA